AUGGCACCGAUACCAGCUACCUGGUCGAAGUUGGCCGCAACAGGCCCACUGCAACGCUCAUCUCACAACGUCAACGCCAUCGGCAACACCAUAUAUGUGUUCGGCGGUGAGCUCAGACCCCGAGAGCCUCGCGACAACAACAUUCACAAGAUCAGUUUAGAUGGCACGACAUCCGUCCAGUCUCUCCAAGCCCCGCACAUGGCUCCUUCUCCACGUGUAGGUUCAGCGAGCGCAACAAUCGGCGAUAAGAUCUAUUUCUUCUCUGGCCGAGGAGGUCCCGAAAUGGCGCCUGUAGAUGAGAAAGGCGCUGUGUGGUCGCUCGACACGCGCUCGAACGAGUGGACGUUACUCUCACCUUCAUCUCCUUUGUUCCCCGAUGCGAGAAGCUACCACACCAUUGCAUCAGAUGGAGCCGACACCAUCUACGUCCACGCUGGCUGUCCUGAGAAGGGCCGGCUGGCGGAUCUCUGGGCGUUCAGUGUCUCCAAGAAGGAAUGGAAGCAGCUGAGUUCUGCUCCAGAUCCGCCUCGAGGCGGGACGUCGAUUGCUUGGGCAGAUGGAAAGCUGUAUCGCAUGAAUGGGUUCGAUGGACAGAAGGAGGUGGGAGGGGAUCUUGAUGUGUAUGAUCCGGCCAAUGACAGCUGGAGUACGGUAUCUUUCCAGGCGAAUGGCAAGGACGGUCCCGGUGCACGAAGUGUUGCGGCGCUUGUGCCUGUCAAGGUCCACGGAGGCACGAGUCUGGUGACAUUGUUUGGCGAGAGCGAUCCCAGCUCUUUGGGUCAUCAAGGAGCGGGUAAGAUGCUAUCGGACAUUUGGGCUUAUUCGCUGGAGAACAAGACUUGGUCGGAGAUCAGUAUCCAGUCGAAUGAGGCCAGGCCAGACGCGAGAGGUUGGUUCGAUGCCGAUGUAGUGGCUCUGGAUGAAGGAGAGGGUGUUGCUAUCUCGGGUGGACUGGGAGAGACCAAUGAGCGACUCAACGAUCUCUGGUUGCUCAGCUUUUGA